AUGGUCCACACAAAUGAGAAACCAUAUGUUUGUGACAUUUGUGGCAGAGCCUUCUCUCUAAGUAGUACCCUAAAAAGCCAUCAGAGGAUUCACACCAACGAGAAACCAUUUAUGUGUAACAUUUGUGGCAGGAGCUUCUCGGUGAGUGGUACUCUAAGAAAACACCAGAGGGUCCAUACUAAUGAGAAACCAUUUGUUUGUGACAUUUGUGGCAGAGCCUUCUCUCAAAAUUGUAACCUACGAAGGCAUCAGAGGAUCUACACCAACGAGAAACCAUUUAUGUGUGACCUACAAAGCCAUCAGAGCGUCCACACUAAAGAGAAACCAUUUGUUUGUGGCAUUUGUGGAAUGAGCUUCUCACUUAGUCAGCACCUUCAGGCACACAAAAAGGUCCACCCCAAAGAGAAACCAUAUGUUUGUUACAUUUGUGGAGAAGGCUUCUCUCUAAGUUGUAGCCUACAAAGCCAUCAGAGGACCCACAUCAACGAAAAACCAUUUGUGUGUGACAUUUGUGACAAGAGCUUCUCGAUGAAUAGUACCCUUAAAAGACACAAGAUGGUCCACACAAAUGAGAAACCAUAUGUUUGUGACAUUUGUGGCAGAGCCUUCUCUCUAAGUUGUCACCUAAAAAGCCAUCAGAGGAUCCACACCAACGAGAAACCAUUUAUGUGUAACAUUUGUGGCAGGAGCUUCUCGAUGAGUGGUACUCUAAGAAAACACCAGAGGGUCCAUACUAAUGAGAAACCAUUUGUUUGUGACAUUUGUGGCAGAGCCUUCUCUCAAAGUUGUAACCUACGAAGGCAUCAGAGGAUCCACACCAACGAGAAAUCAUUUAUGUGUGACAUUUGUGGCAGGAGCUUUUCGAUGAGUGGUACUCUAAGAAGACACCAGAGGGUCCAUACUAAUGAGAAACCAUUUGUUUGUGACAUUUGUGGCAGAGCCUUUUCUCUAAAUUUUAACCUACAAUGCCAUCAGAGGAUCCACACCAACGAGAAACCAUGUAUGUGUGACAUUUGUGGCAGGAGCUUCUCGCUGAGUGGUACUCUAAGAAAACACCGAAGGGUCCAUACUUAUGAGAAACCAUUUGUUUGUGACAUUUGUGGCAGAGGCUUCUCACAGAGUGGUAAUCUACAAAGUCAUAAGAGGGUCCACACCAACGAAAGACCAUUUAUGUGUGACGUGGUAGAAACUUGUUGCUGAGUAGUACUCUUAAGAAAACGCCGGAUGGUCCAGACUAAUGAGAAAACCAUUUGUUUUAGACAUUGUGGUAGAGGCUUCCCUCUACGUACUAACCUACAAGGACAUCAGAGGGCUCAUACUAAUGAGAAGCCAUUUCCUUGUGAUAUUUGUGGCAGAAGCGUCUCGCCGUGUUGUGCUCUACGAAAACAUCGGAGGAUCCACACUUAUGAGAAACCAUUUGUCUACGACAUUU